UCCUCUUCCCCUCUCGUCUCUUCUAUGCCUGCGAGGACGGUGCCUCAUCGCCGUUGUCGCCAUCGUCCCGCUGGCUGGCGCCGCCCUUUCCCCUCUCCCCAUGGUGUCAUCCUCUCCGAUGCCGCCCCUUCCUCCUCUUCAUCGGAUGGGGUGAGGUGCUCAGCGGCGGCAACGAGCUCGACCUCGGUAGGCUGGGCAACGAUGUAGACCUCGGUAGCAGCGCGGAUUGAGCUGGAGGAAGGGGGCUUGCUCAAUUCGAUUUCCCGGGAGGGUGAUGGGGUGCUUGCCAGAUGAGUGGGGGUGUGUGAGUGGCACUGCGACGAAGCUGGUGCCUAGCUAUGAUCGAGUGAAAAUUUAUAUUAGUUCAAACCAGUUUUUUGGGUUAAUACUUUCUCUGGUAGUACAAGCAUUAAGAUUCGAUGGAAAUAUCAGGUGUUGAUUCAGAUUUCACCUUUGCAUGCAAUCUAUUUCUAAUUUUCUACUUCUGUGUUAGUAAAACUUAUAUAAGUGAUAUUACCAUUUACUUGCAACAAUCUAUCAGUGUCAGACCUGAAAUUGUUCAAACUUGGCUCUUCAGUUCCAGCUGCACAAUUUUUUUGUAUGGGCUUUACUGAUGAUGUACUCAGGUGACACAAUCGUACGAUGGUUAAAAAAAGCCUGGGGAGGCAGAGGAUCGAGAUCCGCCGCAUCGACAACAGCGGGCGGCGGCAGGUGACCUUCUCCAAGCGCCGCAACGGGCUCUUCAAGAAGGCGUCCGAGCUGUCCACGCUCUGCGGCGCCUCCGUCGCCGUCGUCGCCUUCUCCUCCGCCGGCAACGUCUUCGCCUUCGGUCAACCCACCGUCGACGCCGUCGUCCGCCGCUUCGACCCGCUCCACGCCGACGGCGCCGACCCCGCCCCCGCGGCCGUCGAAGACGGCGGCGGCGGCGGCGACGACGUCGUCGUCGCAGACCCCGAGGAGCUGGAUGCGUUGAGGCGCGCGGAGGAGCAGACCAAGGCGCAGGUGGCGGCGGAGCAGGCGCGGAUGCGCGACGUCGGGGACAAGGUCACGCAGGCCAUGGCGGGGAGGGCCCUCUGGUGGGAGGCGGACGUCGAGGCGCUCGGGGAGGCGGAGCUGCCGGAGUUCGUCAGGGCGCUCGAGCGGCUCAGGGACAGCGUCCACCGCCACGCCAGCACGCUGGCCUCCACAGCCACGCCGCUGCCGCCGCCGCCGGAGCAGGAAGAAGAAGUUCCUGAGCUAGACGUCUCGGAUUAUUCCUUUUAG